GUUCAAGCUUUGAACGGUGUGAAGAAAAAGAGGGUCUUAGAAAAACUGGAUACCUCUUCUACUGCAUUACCACCUGCUUUUGAAUCAUUAGAUGACGGAUCUGAUUUUAGAGAGAUCUGUUCUAGUUCAUCUUCCAAAUCUCUUACCCUAGAUCAGAGACAGAAAAUUAAUCCAUCCCUUAAUGAUAAAUUUUGUACUCAAAUAACUGAAAAUUUAAUAGUAGAAAAAAAGAAUCUUAUAACCGAAACCUUUAUUAAUUUAAGUACUGAUUUGCCAAUAGAUAACACAGUGCCCAAUAAAAAUGAGAAAUCGUCUGAUACAAUGUCUCUAUAUUCUCAGAUUAAAUCUCACAAUAUCCAGCUUUCUAUUGAAUCACGAGAUAUG